ACCGAAGGGUCACUGUGAGAAGAAAUCAGCUUUUAAUUGCAUUUUUGUGUAUCUUAGCCAUCAUGCUGUAUCAGUACCAACAGUUAUAGCAUGAAAACUUUCCAAAGACCGAGAGCGCCAUGCCGGAGCACCAGCUACCCGUGACACUAGAAGAAAUUCCUGAAGAAGAAAUGGCCAGAUAUCCAGUCAGGCGCACGAAAGGCGUGAAAACCUUCGUCAGGACAAAGCCUGGAGGCGUUCUUAUGCCUGCGACAUACGCCCAUUUGGCCAAGCGGUUCUACAACCUGGAGCUCCGCAGCGACGACGUGGUGGUGGCGGCCUACCCGAAGAGCGGGACGGUGUGGACGGCGGAGGUGGUGUGGGCGCUCCUCAACCCCCACGCCCUCGACACCCUGGAGGCGAAACCGCACCAUCACAGAGCCACUUUGCUCGACAUGGUAAGCAUCCAGGGCCAAGAUAAUCAUGAGUCGACGCGACGAAACGACCUCAUGGUUGACGAACUUCCUAAGCAAUCCCCACGAAAGCUGAAAGACAAACAGUCCUCUCCUGCAAAACGGAUUCUCUCACUGCCUAGGAGGUCUCUUGCCGGAGGAGUCAUGAGCGCGCCAGCUGGCCGCAGUGGCUCCGUCCCCCAGGAUCCUGAAGACACACCUUCCCAUCAAUCUUCUUAA